UAGGGUGUGCAGCGGCAGCAGUGGCAGCGACCUCGCACCCAACAUUGGGCAGAUGUUUGGUGCGCGUUUGGCCAGUUUUUAAGUUCAAAGUUUUGACGCAACUUUUAUAGAAGGCGUUUUUUGUUGUUGUUGCUGAUGCUCAUUUAUAUCGUCGUCGUCGUUAUUAAAGUCCGUCUGUCUCGACGUCCAAUCAUUUCGUCGGCGUCUUUCCAAAACUGAGUGAAGAUCAUGAAGCCGGCGGGUCAGCUUGGGUAUCCCAUGGCCAAAGAGCCUUCUCGGUUGCUCAAGCUUCAAAAAGAGUUCCAGGAGAGACUGCUAAGGGAGAAGGAGGCCACUCUUAUAGCCAUGCAAGGGGCCCAGUACCAGACUGCGUUCUUCAGCGACAAUCAAAGAAACGUAAAAAUGCAACGCAUGCCUUCGGGGUGGAAAUAUCCUCACACGUUUCCCAGAAUGCCAUCAAACACACGACCACCACUGCAGUUUUUACCGCAGCCUCCUGCACAGCCUCCACCUUCUUAUCUGCGACAGACACAGUAUGGCAUGCAGAAGCGAAGUGCUGGCAUUGACAGAGCCAAGCCUCUGCCGCAAAUAAAAAAGAAAAGCUCGAGCUUACACAAUAUAUUUCAAACACCACAACCGGCAUUCCCCCACUACAAGGCUGGAGAUACAUUAAAGGUGACCGACCGAUAUCCAAGUGGACUGUUAAAAUUGCCACCAGUUGAUGUGGACAAGUCCAAGCAACCAUCCAACUGGACAACUCAAAACCAAUGUCAGAACGAUGUUGCUCACAUUUCAAAUAUUGGUAAAGCAAAAUACAUAGAGACGACACCCAGCGUAGACGCUAAUUCAGGUGCCACAAAUACCUCUGACAACCUACCUCUACUGCCACAGUCUUACCAACAGCAGGUGAUUGAAUCUCACCAAGCACAUGCUCCUUUAGAAAGGAGCAAUCUAACUACUCCUCACUGGAUGGUUCAGAAACAGAAAGAUGAUGAAGAAAGCAUUGAAGAAGAAAUUCAAAGAAAGGAACGUGAGAUCUUGGCAAAACUCAAUAAAUUUCAGGAAGAGUUGCAGAUUAUUCAGAGAGAAAGACAAAUGGCAGAAGAAGAAGAAAGGCAUUUAGAGCCUGCAAUCCAGGGCAUUACAGAAACGCAUUUCAUGGACAGGCACAAGGUUAUCCCUGCCAUAACAAGGACUGGCGAUUCCAAAAAACUACCAUCACUACACGGGAAUCAACAUGACAAUAAAAAUCAACCAGGGAUGGAAGAGGAACAAUUUGAAAAUAAAACUUCCAAAGAAACCCAUCAUGAGGAGGAAUCUAAUACACCACAUUCAGUAGUAACUUCUAAUAAGUCAAAAAACAUGACCAACCACAAAAGUGGUAAUGUUGAAGAUGAUGUCAUUUCUAUUAUUGAUGAAACACAGGACUAUGAAUAUCAACAGAAUUUCACAGAUGAGACAGACUACCUUGCCGACCAAGAAACCCUCGAUCUUGCCAAGUGCCACACUUGCGGACGGACAUUUGCGAAGGACAGGCUUGAAAAGCAUGCAAAGAUCUGCUCCAAGACCACUCAGAAAAAGAGAAAAGUGUUUGACUUUUCAAAGAUUCGAGUUGAAGGAACCGACAUGGAACAAUUCUGCAAAAAGAAAAGUAAAACCCCCGAACAGGCCAAAAAACCCAACUGGAGAGCCAAGUCUGAAGCUUUACAGAGGACGCUCCGGGAGGCGAGAAUAGCGCAGCACGGUGGCAAGCUGAGUGACCGGCCACCUCCAGCACCCGCAGAAAACCCCGACUACGUGCCCUGCCCACAUUGCCAGCGCCGCUUCGCGCCAGACGUGGCCGAGAGGCACGUGCCCAAGUGUCAGAACCUGAGAAGCAGGCCAGCACCUCCAAAAAGAAAAUAAUAAAAGCAGUAUCAAACGUUGUACAACAACAAGAACAAAAAAACUACCUAUAUCAACAAUGCUCAAAAACUGAUUUGGUUUACGUUAUUUCAAUUAAGGAAUAUAUUAAAAGUUCAUGAAAUAAAACCUAUCCAUGAAAUUAAUCGAGCUCAACCUUUAAAAAAAAUAUAGGAAGCAAAAUAGCUACAUAUGUGAACUUACAAAGGUAGACCAACACAAUUAUAUCCACAUAGCAUAAAGGCUGAGCCGAAGACAAACGCUAAUAAAAGGGGCAGUCAUCUUCAACUUAUUUAGGCCCUUGCAACUCCCUCCCAGGCUGACUUUCAACAGCCCACUGGGUCGUCGCGUAUAACCUGCCAGGUACCAGGGAAAUAUUUAUAACGGUAGCCAUUUUUACAAGGCAAACCAACAGCAUGACAGCAUAUCCGUCAACUAAAUUAUAAGAGGCGUUCAGAAGGCUGAAUCAAGAAGUUAUAGAAAGCGGACCCUCCCCCCCCAGAUGUGGGGGUAAAAAGUUGAUCCAACAAGGUUUCUAAAAAUUGUCGAACCCCUCAAAUUAUUUUGUAGUCAUAGGGUGUGUAAGUAUAUAUUACAACAUGCUACAUUCAAUAGUAUCUGCAGAUGGGAGGGAAGAGGACAUCUGUGGGGGCAAGGCAUGAAGCACUGAGAAGCCCUCCGCAGGAGCUAGAAUAAGGCCGCUGAAAUUGUCGUAAUCAAAAACUCCAUGAAACCGUUUAAUAAUUAUGCCGAUGGUUUAGAUGUAUAUUUGUUGACAAAAAAACACAAUUCAAGAACGAUCAACUUACACCAACAAACAUAAUGAAAACUUUCCUGCGAUUGCAGUAUAUGAAAUAUUUAUUCGACCACAAAUGUUGGGGUUAUACACAACCGCAACCGUGAAUUAACAUUAGUAAUUUGUGUAGACGAGGAAAACAUUUUAAAUUAGAGCCUUAAAUCAUACCUACAUAAUGCAGAUAUGCAUUAAGUGACUAAGCAAUAAACGCAGUGUUUUUAAUUGCAUUUUUUAUGGGAGCAUGUUCUUUAUCCUAAUGCGUCUUUAAUAUUUUAUUACCGUUUGAGAACUUGAGUAUUUCUCCUGCUCAGGUCAGUUUCAUAAGUAUAAUAUAUAUCUCAGUGCCUCCAUACAAUUUUCAAUAAGAUAAUUGAUUGAUUUUAUUUAUUAAAAGUGUUCAAACGGGACAUUUGAAGUCAGGAUCAGCAUAAGAUUGUAUACUAAAAUAAGAAGCCAUCUGACUAUUAAAACACCCAUUUUAAAAUUGAGUGUACCCUAUACUUUUUCACGGAUUUUAAUUCUAUGAAAAACUGCUUAAUUUAUCAAAUGAUAUAAAAAUCCUCAAAUAGCUUUAAUAUGCCUAAGACGUAAUAACUCACAUAAAUAUAUUGAAAGUGAUUGUAAAAAUGUAAUUAUAAAUUCAGGGUGUAACAUGGAUUGAUUGUGGUGCAGUGUUCAUGUUGUAUGGGAUACAUUUACUACGCUUUUUGAAAUUCUAUCUGUAGACUUAAAUUGUUAAUGUUAUAAGAUGCACAUAUGAAUUGCAUUCAAUUGAUAUACAGAAUGCUGUAUUUAAAAAAAAUGUACACUGCAUUUUCAAUGCUUGAAUUAUCAAAAAUGUAUGCACUUUCAAGUUUGGGUUUGUAUUAAAGGGUAAAUAUGUAUGCACUGUAAGUUAUUUAAUUGCCCAUAUAUAUUUCAGAACAUAAAGAAAAAAUGGACAAUGCAUUUCCCUCUGACAAUAUGUACUGUGUCUGCACGCCUAAACUUAGAGAUAUUAAACUAUCACAAGGAUUCUGCUCCACCGUACAUUUUUGGGAUUGUAAAUGUUGCAAUGGCAUUUGACAUUCAAUGGAUAACCAUACGCACCGUGCACGAAAUGUCAGCAGCUAAAAUCAAUACCAUGAGGGCAAGAAAGUAAUGAGUACAUUUGAGUGAGGCUGAAACAUCUCUUGCUCAGUUUUCUAUAAAACGACCACAGCAAACCUGCAGUGAUGAAGUGGCUGGGGAUAACAGCUUUAGAAGUUCGAAAGCAACCCCAUUGCCAGUCUGUCUUUGACAUAAAUUGUUUCAGUUGCAUAUUGCUCAGUGACAAAUGAGGUACAUUAGAUGCACAGUUUUGUUUCAUUGCUAUUUGCUAACUUUGUACUAAAAUGUAGGGGGAUCUUUAUUCAACUGAAAAUGUAUGGUUAAGGUAUUUGCGUGAAAAUAGAUUUCAAGCUUGACAUUUUAAUUCUACAAAAAUUACUUUUAUAUAAAUGGGAAUCACUUUUUAGUCAUAUGUGAAUACAUUGUGACUGUAUAAAUUGCAUUAUUAAAAUAUGAACUAUUGUAUAUGUAAAAAUACAACUGGUCUAUGUACACUAUACAUACUUAAUGCAUUCGACAUCACUGCAGCUACAUAGAGAACUCGAUGUAUCUGCUGUAUUACCCAUGACUCCUAUUAUCCAUGCCCUGCGUAUUUAUCCAUCCU